AUGCCUGCACCAGGCGAUCAACAUCGAAGCGAUGCCGCCAAUCCAUUCGAAGAAAUAAAACCUCGCAUCAACGAAUAUACAGCACAGCAGAUCGCCACACUCCAAGCCCGCCUCCAGAGGCAGCUCGGCCCCGAGUACAUUUCCUCCCGUGCGGGACCCUCCGGCACGAAGGUACACUAUAUCACCUCCGAGAAAUGCAUCGCGCUCGCCAACGAAAUAUUCGGGUUCAACGGCUGGUCAAGUUCGAUUCAGAACAUCACGGUCGAUUUCGUCGAUGAGCACCCGCAAACACUACGAGUAAGCCUGGGUCUAUCCGUCGUCGUCAGGGUGACCUUGCGGGAUGGCACGUAUCACGAGGACAUUGGGUACGGCAAUAUAGAGAAUUGCAGAGGAAAGGCGUCGGCAUUUGAGAAGGCAAAGAAACAGGCCACGACGGACGCGUUGAAAAGGGCGCUGCGAAAUUUCGGAAACGUGCUGGGCAACUGCAUAUACGACAAGGACUAUCUAUCCAAGGUCAUCAAAGUCAAGAGUACACCGGCCAAGUUUGACGAGAACAACCUCCACCGCCACUCUGAUUUUGUGAAGAAAGAAAAGCAACCGGAAGUGGAUUUGGAGUCGAUAGAUGCAGACUUCUUUGAGGACUUUGGAGACUUUGACGAAGCAGACUUUUGCAUGGCCGAAGAGGGCCACCCGGAUGAGGUUGUCCUCACGAACCAGAGCGCUCCAUCCGCUCAGAAUAAGCCGCCAGAGCCCGUGAAUAGACCCCCACAAACUCCGAAUCACGCCAACCGACCAACGGGCCCCGUACCUGGUCCUUCUGGCGGGUUUCGACAGAACCCGCCUCAGGGACCCCGAGACCGAUAA